AUGAGCGACCAGAACGUGGUCAAGGAAGGAUGGGUCCAAAAAAGAGGCGAGUACAUCAAGAACUGGCGUCCUCGCUACUUCCUGCUGAAGACCGACGGCUCCUUCAUCGGCUACAAGGACAAACCGCAAGAUUCGGACCUGGCUUACCCGCUCAACAACUUCUCAGUCGCAAAAUGUCAGCUGAUGAAGACAGAGCGUCCCAAACCCAACACAUUCAUCAUCCGCUGCCUGCAGUGGACCACAGUCAUCGAAAGGACUUUUCACGUGGACACGCCGGAUGAGAGGGACGAGUGGGCGGAGGCCAUCCAGAUGGUAGCGGAGUCGUUGGCCAAGCAGGAGGAGGAGGGCAUCCUGUGUAGCCCCACCUCGCAAAUAGAGAACGUCAACGAGGAGGAGAUGGACACCUCCAUUAGCCACUACAAACGGAAGGUGACAAUGAAUGACUUUGACUAUCUGAAGCUUCUGGGCAAAGGAACCUUUGGCAAAGUCAUUCUAGUGCGGGAGAAGGCCAGCGGAACCUACUACGCCAUGAAAAUCCUCAAGAAGGAAGUCAUCAUUGCCAAGGAUGAAGUCGCUCACACGCUCACAGAAAGUCGGGUAUUAAAAAACACCCGGCAUCCAUUCCUGACGUCUCUCAAAUACUCCUUCCAGACCAAGGACCGCCUCUGCUUUGUCAUGGAGUAUGUCAACGGAGGAGAGCUGUUUUUCCAUCUGUCACGGGAACGAGUAUUUUCUGAGGAUCGCACACGUUUCUACGGCGCCGAGAUCGUCUCCGCUCUGGACUAUUUGCAUUCCGCCAAAAUCGUUUACCGGGACCUCAAGCUGGAAAACCUGAUGUUGGACAAGGACGGACACAUUAAGAUCACCGACUUCGGCCUCUGCAAGGAAGGCAUCACGGACACGGCCACAAUGAAGACAUUCUGCGGGACGCCCGAGUACCUGGCGCCCGAGGUGUUGGAAGACAACGACUACGGCCGCGCGGUGGACUGGUGGGGUUUGGGCGUGGUGACGUACGAGAUGAUGUGCGGCCGCCUGCCUUUUUACAACCAGGACCACGAAAAGCUCUUUGAGCUCAUCCUCAUGGAGGAGAUCAAGUUCCCGCGCACGCUGUCGGCCGACGCCAAGUCGCUGCUUUCGGGCCUGCUCAUCAAAGAUCCCAACAAACGGCUGGGCGGAGGGCCGGAUGACGCCAAGGAGAUUAUGCGACACAGUUUCUUUGUCAGCGUCGACUGGCAGGACGUCUACGACAAGAAGAUGGUCCCACCUUUCCAGCCUCAGGUGAGUUCUGAGACAGACACACGCUACUUCGAUGAGGAAUUCACGGCGCAGACCAUUACCAUCACGCCACCGGAGAAAUACGACGAGGACGGCAUGGACGCCGCGGACAACGAGCGGCGGCCUCACUUCCCGCAGUUCUCCUACUCGGCCAGCGGGCGGGAGUGA